AUGGGGCAAGAAUGCUUGGAGGAUACUGCAGAAGAAUAUCUUGAGGAUCUCGUUGAUAGAAAUUUAGUUUUAGUUGCGAAGAAGAGGGCCAAUGGGCGAAUCAAGACUUGUCGCAUUCAUGAUAUAUUGAGAGAUUUGAGUGUGAAAAUGGGUUCAGAGGAGAAAUUCUUGGAGGUGAUCAAAGGAUCUUCUCAGAGUCAUUCUUCUUUGAGCUUGAUUUCCAAAUAUCAUCGUUGCCUUUGCGUGCAUUCACAUUUUCUGGACUUCAUGACCUCAAUUCCUUCUGGUCCAAGUGUCCGUUCUUUCUUGGUUUUUGCCUCUGAAGAAAUGGAAUUGCCUCGUGAACAUACAUCUUUCCUUCAUGAAGCAUUUAGAUUGGUACGGGUGUUGGACUUGAAGUAUAUCAAUUUUCCGAAGUUUCCCAAUGAGAUAGUGCAGCUAGUUCACUUGAGAUAUAUAGCUCUUUCUGGAAAUUUCAGGGUGCUUCCUGCAUCAAUCUCCAAACUUUGGAACCUUGAGACACUAAUUGUCGGAACAAAGGCACGUGAGCUUGACAUUCAAGUGGAUAUAUGGAAGAUGUCCCAAUUCAAACACUUGUACACUAGUGGGUUGAGCUGUUUACGUGGUCCUCCAGCCAAAACACGGAAGGAUAACGAGGACCCAUUUCUAGGAAUUCGUGGGAAGUUAGCCACACUUGUGGCUACGAAUGGAGACUCAAGCUUGUUUGAUAAUCUUGCCAAAUUGGACAACCUGGAGACUCUGAAGCUGCUUAAUGACACAUUUCCCAUUCACCCAUCCCAAUGUCAAAUACCCGGUCUUCCCCAAUCAUACAAGUUCCCGUCGAACUUGAAGAAGCUGACGUUAUCAGACACCUUCCUUGAUUGGAGCCAUAUAUCUACACUAGGUAUGCUGCCAAAUCUUGAAGUGCUGAAACUAAAAGACUAUGCUUUUAAGGGAACACAGUGGGAACCGCUUGAUGGAGGCUUCCGUCUGCUUCGGGUUUUGCAUAUUGGAAGGACGAAUUUGGAACACUGGAAUGCUUCAGGCCAUCACUUCCCUAGACUGCAACAAGUUUUCCUUAAGCACUGCUCAUGCCUAAAUGAAAUCCCAUUUGGUUUAGUGGAGGUGCCUUCACUCCAGAAUAUGGAGCUCUUUUGGCCCACUCCAGCUGCUGCAGCAUCUGCCAGGACUAUUCAGCAGAAGAAACAAGGAGAUAUCAAGGACAAUGUGUUCAAGCUUGUCAUCUAUCCUCCAGAUAUUUAG